AUGAACAGUAAGAAGAUCAAUGGCAUGCAGGAGGUCCGGGAUAUUCUGCUCAGGUAUCCGCUUGAAUUGCCUAAAACCCAUGAUCUACCCUGUGAGGAGGCUGUUGAGAAGCAAGGUUUGGUUGCUUGUGCCGAUCCUAGGAUCAAACUGAGGGGACUGUACAUCUAUCUAGCAAUCACGACUUGUCUGCAAAGCCACGAACAGUCAAGCACAGAGCUGACUCAAUGUUGCGAGUUUCGACCAAGAAAGCUAAAGAGUCGUCCGCUCGAGCAAAGAGUCCUUAAGUUGCGCGAACUGCCGAUCCAGAAGUUGGUGAUAGCUCCGUUGGUCAAGUUCGACACUCAUGUUGAAGCCACGAAGGCAUCCAAGCAUGAGAUUGUUGCUAAUGCGUACAAGCUGGGAUACUCGGAUUGUAGGAAUAGUGCUUCUCCUUGCUGCCCUCUCGAACAUGAAGACGGUAAGCAGCUUUAUCUUGACCUGCCCCUUGCUCAAAGUGAGCAGAGCAAUGUUGUGGGUGCAGAAGCAGUUGAAGAGCAGAUAGCAGAUGAAGCUGCAAUGGAGGAAGACAACUCCCAAGGUGGCGUAGCUGAUAAGGUUAGACCAUAUGCAAAGGAGUAG